AUUUUGGGCGGAGUAAAAUCUCUAGUUUCGCCUUUUCCUCUCUUGAUGGUACCAACUCCAGCUACGCAAACACCACCGCAAAUAGCGUAUUUUAGUAAGAUAAUGGUCCAAUCAAAAACAGCAUCGACAGUCCGUGGGUCGUACGCUACGUUUUAAACUCAUAAUAUAUUCACAAAGAAUUACGACGUAAAUAUGCGAGUAUCUCUUUUUGAGAAUACAGAGAAAACCGAAAGAAAAAAUCUCGUCGGAUUUGGAAAGCCUCUCCUGUUUCGGUGUUGGUUACCACUGUUCCCCGGUUCAUGUUUUGUUAGCUAUCAGAUAUUACAUCAUUGAACUUUCUCCCUAAUGGAUUUAUCUACAUAGACGAUUCCAGUCUUCCCCACGCCAGUCCUACUGAGAGGGGAAGAUGGCACAUCAACAUCUCCCAUUGGAGCUUCCCCAGUGGACAGCAGUCCCAGAUGGGGACACUGAAUCAGAUUCUGACCGGGACUCAGGAGUCGGAGAAGAUGCCGGCAGUCACCGUGGCAAUGAUAUCUCGCACCGGCAGGAUGGAGUUGGAGAGCGAGGCGGAGAGGGGGAUUUCACGAUCUUUGUUGCCUUUCGAGGAAAUAUGGAUGACGAGGACUUACAAGAGAAACUUGACAACAUCCUUAACGGGAUGCCUAGUAUGCUUGAACUAGAUUCUGAUAGACUCCAGCCCCAGCAUGUGGAGCCAUGGAACAGUGUGCGCGUCACCUUUAACAUUCCCCGGGAAGCAGCGGAGCGACUCAGGCUGCUGGCCCAGAACAACCAGCAGCAGCUCCGAGACCUGGGCAUCCUCUCUGUACAGAUAGAAGGUGAAGGAGCCAUCAAUGUGGCCAUGGGGCAGAACAGAGGUCAGGAGGUCAGGGUGAACGGACCAAUCGGCGCGCCCGGACAGCUAAGGAUGGAUGUGGGAUUCCCAGGACAACCAGGCCCAGGAGGCAUGAGAAUGAGCAACCUGUCGAUGGUCCCCUCUGGCCCCGGUAUGUCUGGCCAGGCCAUGAUCCCCUCUGGCCCCGGUAUGUCUGGCCAGGCCAUGGUCCCCUCUGGCCCCGGUAUGUCUGGCCAGGCCAUGGUCCCCAGCAGCAGUGGACAGAUGCACCCCAGACCCCCUUCGCAGACUGAUGCAAUGGACCCCAUGAUGUCCUUACAACAGCAGCAGCUUCAGCAUCCCCAGGCUGGCCCCCACAGCCAAGGCCCCAUGCCCCCCCAGGCUGGCCCCCACAGCCAAGGCCCCAUGCCCCCCCAGGCUGCUCACCACAUUCAGGUCAUGCAAGCAGGACGGCAGCUCAACCCAGCCGCCCUCCAGCAGCUGCAGCAGGCUCAGCAACAGGCCCAGCUCUCCCAGCUUGGUGGCCCCCGUCCCCCUUUCAAUCCCUCCGGCCAGAUGCCCGUACCCUCCGGCUGGAACCAGCUCCCCUCAGGGGUCCUCCAGCCCCCUCCAGCCCCGGGAGGACCCAUGGGCCCAGCAGCCUGGAGGAAGGCCCCUCCCCAAGUCCAGAUGGGCCAACGUCCCCCCUCCCUGGCUACGGUGCAGACCCCCAGCCACCCUCCACCUCCGUACCCGUUUGGUAGCCAGCAGGCUGGCCAGGUGUUUAAUGCUAUGGGGCAGCUACAGCAACAGCAGCAGUCAGGGGCUGGUCAAUUUGCAGCGCCCCAACCUAAAGGUCCCCAAGGUGUGCUUGGAGGGGUGGCAGGACUCCCUAGACCUCAUCUGCCUCCAUCAGCAGGGCCUCAGGGUAACCUCACAGCCAAGUCCCCUGGGUCUUCAUCUUCCCCCUUCCAGCAGGGUUCUCCAGGGACUCCUCCCAUGAUGGGUCAGGCCCAGCUAGGCCCGCGAUCUAUGACCCCACAGGGUUUCCCUCAAGGGGUGGGCUCACCGGGCAGGGUGGGGAUGGGACAGCAGGGUAACAUGCAGCAAGGGUUCAUAGGAAUGCCCCAACAUGGGCAACCUGGACCUCAGGUUCAUCAAGGAGGAAUGGGAGGCAUGCCCAAACGUCUGCCCAUGGGGUUCCCUAGCGUCUCAGGGAACCAGAACUUUGCCCAGGGUCAGGUGACUAGUGCCCCAGGAACCCCAGGGGGAGGAGCCAAUCCCCAGCCCCAGAGCAGCCAGACUAUGGCCCACACAGGAGCCCAGUCGUCAGCCUCCACCCCCAACACCAUGCAGGGUCCAUCCCACUCCCAGCCCAACGUCAUGGGUCUCCACAGUGGCAUGGCUGGCCAGCCCCAAGGCACAAACUCUGGGCCCAGUAUGAGCCAGCCCCAGCCAGGCCUCCAGUCCCAGAUGAUGGACCUCCAGGGCCAGCCCGUGUCCUCGUCCCCCAGCCAGAUGGUCCAAGGUGGGGGUCAGGGGCAGACAGUCCUCUCUAGACCCCUUAACCCAGGGCAGAGAGGAGGCAUGACCCCACCCAAACAGCUGAUGCCACAGCAGGGCCAGGGCCAGAUGAUUGGAGGGCCGGGGCACCAGGCGAUUCUCCUACAACAACAACAGCAAAACUCCAUGAUGGAACAGAUGCAACAAAUGCAAGGGAACAAGCAGUCAUUUGGGUUGAAAGGUCAAGCCGGGGUCAUGCCAGGUCAGAUGAUGCGGGGUCCAUCUCCUAAUGUGCCCGGUAACAUGGCUCAGUUCCAGCAGCCUCAGGUGAGCCAACAGCAGCAACAAAUGACUCCACAGCAGCAGCAUCAACAGCAGCAGCAAAUGGCUCAGCUCCAACAGUUACAACAACUGCAGCUACAACAGCUACAACAGCAACAGCAACAACAGAUGACCCAGCAGCCCCAACAGGUCCCCAUUGGCGGCAACCCCAACCAGGCCAUGGGUAUGCAGGGUCAACAGAUGAGACUCCCCAGUGGUCAUCCUCUGGUCCAACAGCAGCUACAGCAGCAGCAGCUCCAACAAAAACAAGCCAUGCUGCAACAGCAGCAGCAACAGGCGGCACAGCAACACCCACACGGUCUCGGGGACCCCAGCGGUGCUACAGGCGACAUGGGCGGUGUCCAACAGAUGCUCCCAGACAUGCAGGUUCAGCAACAAGGCAUGAUGGGAAUUGGAGUCCCUCAGCACAUGCAGGUGGGCAAUGGCCACUUCCCUGGUCAUGGGAUGAACUUCAACCCCCAGUUUGGGGGUCAGAUGCCCAUGGGAGGGCCGUGUGCUCAGGCAGGGGGGUUUCCAGUGAACAAGGAUGUGACGCUAACCAGUCCUCUCCUGGUCAACCUGCUUCAGAGUGACAUCUCUGCCAGUCAAUUUGGGCCUGGGGGGAAGCAGGCGGCUGGAGGACCUGGCCAGGCCAAACCCAAGAAGAAGAAACCACCACGCAAGAAGAAGCCCAAAGUAGGGGAGGGACAGCAGCCGGUCGAGGGGCUAGGGGGUCUGGAUGUGGGGGCUGGCCUGGAGGACCCAGAGCUGCCAGGGCUGAGUGGGGAACAGGGAGUGGGCAUGGACCCUUCCGGACCCAAACUCUCAGACUUCACCAACAGGCCUGCAGGUUUCCCAGGUCAGCCUGGAGACCAGAGAGUCCUACAGCAGGUGCCCAUGCAGUUCAUGCAGCAGCAACAACAGCAGCAGCAGCAACAACAGCAACAACAACAGCAACAACAGCAACAACAACAACAGCAGCAGCAGCAACAACAACAACAACAGCAGCAACAGCAGCAGCAACAACAACAACAACAGCAGCAGCAACAGCAUCAAAUGCAGCAUAUGCAACAACAGCAAAUGCAACAGCUGCAACAACAGCAAAUGCAACAACUACAACAGCAGCAGAUGCAGGGAAUGCAGGUUCCUCCUGGACAGCAGCAGGGGGUGGCUGGAGCUCAGGGUCCGACUCAAGUCCAGCCACAGAUGCACCCUCAUCAGCUACAACAGCAGCAGCAACAACAGCAGCAGAUGCUGAUGAUCAUGAAGAUGCAGCAGGAGCAGGCUAAGAGCCGGAUGCCCCUCCCUCCAGGCGGGCAGCACCCCCCCAGGGGCAUGUUGAAUCCCGGGGAGGCCCAGAGAACACCCGGUUCCCAACAGGGGAACAUGCCUGUCAUGAUCAACCUCCAGGGGCACGGAGGAGUGCCUCCCUCUCCAGACAAACCCAGGGGGAUGCCCCUCAUGGUCAAUCCACAGAUGGCUGGGGCAGCCAGAAGGAUGUCUCACCCCGAGGCAGGGCAGGGUACUGGGGCUGAGGAGGCCCCUGGAGCGGCCAACUCCCUGCAAGACAGACCCGGGGGCCAGGAGAUGGGGAUGCCGCCUGGUAACGGGGCCCAACAGAUGGUGGUGAACCAGGGCCCCAAUGCCCAUAUGAUGAAGCAAGGCCCAGGCCCCUCGUCCCAGCACCCUGGAGCCAGCCCCCAGCAGCAGAUGCCCCCUCAGCCCCAGCAGGGUGGCCCCAUGCCAGGCCUCCACUUCCCUAAUGUCCCCACAACUUCCCAGAGCUCCAGGCCCAAAACACCCAACCGAGCCAGUCCCAGGCCCUACCACCAUCCUCUCACCCCAACCAAUCGUCCUCCCAGCACUGAGCCCUCUGAGAUCAACCUCUCCCCUGAGAGGCUGAAUGCCUCCAUCGCAGGCCUGUUCCCCCCCAAGAUCAACAUCCCUCUGCCCCCCAGGCAGCCCAACCUUAGCCGGGGCUUUGACCAGCAGGGUGGGCUCAACCCCACCACUCUCAAAGCCAUAGGGCAGGCCCCUCCCAGCCUAACUCUGCCCAGCAACAACGGAAGUGGUGUAGGUAACUCUAACAAUGGUCAGCAGUCUUUCCCUACAGGCAGUGGAGCUGCCAACUCGGGCCAGGGCAAACCGGACAAGCAGCCUGGAGGAGGUCCGGCUAAAAGGGCCAAUCCCAGUAACGGCCGCAGAUCCAGCCCUGCCUCCAGCCGCAAAGUCACUAACCCCAGCUCAGGGAGGCAGAAGUGGACCAAAAUCACCCUCGCAUCCGCUUCUCACCAGCAACAGAUGGUCAACCCCCAGACAGGACAUGCCAUGAUGCUGAGCCCCACCCCAGUGCCUCCUAGCCCAGUCACUCUCCCACCAGCGGUGGGGGUAGGCCUAGAGCCCCAGCAGAUCCAGACCCCCUUCCAGGUGAUGCAGGGUAACCCAGCUGAGAUGCCCAGGGAAGGGCAGGGAAUGGCAGGUGUAGAGCACCGGCAGAUGCCCCAGCCUCUGAGGGAGCUCUCCGCCCCGCGGAUGGCUAGCCCCCGUGUAGCCACUCCUCAGGAGGCUAAAGCUGGGCUGGAGCAGACAGUGGUGAUAGUGGAGCGGCAGCCUGUACAGAGCACUCCUCAGCAGGUGUCUGGAUCUGAGGCCUCUCCUUCUCUCAGGGAUGCGCCUUCCUCCCUCAACCAGCUGCUGGAUAACGCAGCCACCCCCAGCGUGCCUCCCAGGCCCACUCUGAGUGCUCCAGCUGGGGAUGCUGCCUGCAAGGAGAGCUCUAAAGCCUCCAUAGUUUCAGAGAACCCAUCCAGUGUUUUUCAGAGCUCGAAUGUGGGGGCUACCACUGUUGCUACUACUGCUGCUGUGAACGAGCCAGAAGCGAAACCCAAGCCUAGCUCAACCCCCAGCCCAAAACUCCCAAAUCCAGUCGGUAGUCCUAACCUGCAGCGCAAUGCAAAUACCAAUCUGAAUGCUAAUCCUGGCCCUAGCCCCAAUCUUAACCCAACUGACAGCCCCAACCUAAACUCUAACUCUAGCCCCAGCGUCAAGCCUAGCACCCCUAGCCCUAACUUAAACCCUACCAUUACCCACGGCCCUACUCUAAACCCUACUCCUAGUCUUAGCGUCAGUGUGGGUGCCAGCGUCAGUCACAGUAGUUCCAUCCCCAGCAUUACCUCCAGCCCCAAACUUAACCCAAACCCUGCCAUUAGCCCCAAACCAAGCCCCAAACCUAACCCAAACCCUGCCGUUGGCCCCAAACCAACCCCCAGCCUUAAACCCUCGACCAAUGUCCCCACUGUCCUGCAGAUCCCUGCAUCAUCCGCCACCAUCUCCCCCAACCAGAUCAGUUACACCCCUGCUCCCACCCCCCAGGCCCCCCCAGCCAUCAUCUCAGCUAUGGUGGCAAUGCCCAAAAAGAACAUCAGACCCCAGCAGUCCAGCCAGCAGACCCGUGGUCCCCACCCCCAGUUUAUCACCACUCCUGUGUUUAACACCAGUACCCCCAUCUUCCAGGUCCCUCCAGUGUCUGUGGCCCCCAACGCCACGGUAGUGUCCCAGCCAGUCACCAUGGUAAAGCCCAUACAGGUGUCCACCACUAACAUCCAGCUCACUGCUGCUCCAACCCAGGCCCAAGCCCCGGCCUCGACUCAGGCUACUGUGGUCAGUGUGGCUAGCUACCAGCCUGCCCGAACGCUAGUUGGGCAGGUCCAGAUGGCCACUAGACGUGCUUCCCCUGUCCCUGUUAGUACUCUGCCUCGUCCUCCACAGCAAAGCCCUGGCACUACUAAGUCGGAAACCCCGGGUGAGGCGCCCCCUGGCCAGAAAUUGAGCCCACCUGUUGGGCAGCCAUCCCCCCAUCCCAGCCUCUCUCCCACAGCCUUGGCGUUUGCCUCGUCUUCCGUCCAACAGCCCCUUGCGUCCCCUCCUCCAUGCUCCAGUCCUGGUGCCCCAGCCAGCACCCGGAAGAGCCCUAUGUCCCCCCCCUUGCCUGCCCAGGGAAAGCCUGCCCAGGCUCCUGGCUCUGCACCACCAGUAGGUAAUCGACCAGACUACCAGCAGGUUGCUGAAGCACGGGCUGCCCAACCUUUAGAGGGGACUUCCCAGCCCCAGAGGGGGCCGAACUGGGCUGUGCCCCCUCACGCCUUCCCUCCACCCCCUGCAUCUGUCAUCCAGACUCGUACCACAGUGUCUGGAGCACAGACUCGGACCACAGUGUCUGGAGCACAGACUCGGACCACAGUGUCUGGAGCACAGACUCGGACCACAGUGUCUGGAGCACAGACUCGGACCACAGUGUCUGGAGCACAGACUCGGACCACAGCUGCUGCUGUUCCUCUGAAAGUCACCACUCCUCCUCCAGUAUCAGCGCCAACUCCUGUCCUUGCGCAACCUACUGCACCAGCCCAGACCUGUCUUCCUGCCUCUACUACUACCACCGCUCCCCCAGUGUCAGUCCCUGUCCCCACCCGAACCCCUACUACCGCCCCUGUUCCUACCCCUGCCACGUCUCUCCCUGCUCCUUCUUCAGCCUCAGUCCCAAGUCCAUCCCCAUCCACCUCUCCUGUUGCUGGUGUCCCUGGACCCGGUGACUCCCCAGCCAUAUCCUCCCUAGUGGCCCCUACCCCUACUGGGGCUCAGCCUGCCCCCACAGCCAUGGAGCCUCCCAGCCAGCCAACCCCACUAGAGCCCCCAGCACCUGCAGGCAACACCCCAGUGUCAGUCCAACCUGAACCUCUACAGCAAGAGGAGCCUGCUGCUAUGGAGAAGACGGCAGAAGUUGCCACAGUAACUGAGCAAGGAUGGGCAAAGAAAAGAAAGACUCCUGUCAACUUAGUCCCAAGGGCUGCCGUGGAGAAGCCGAAAGGUCCCAGCAGACGGAGCUCGCGGGCUGAAAAGGAGGUGGAGGAGGAAACGGUGGCAGAUAGCGCGCAGAGGAAGAGACCAGCCAGGCCUGGAGCCAGCACUGUGGUUGCUGCUAAAGAAACCGGUGCCAGUCCUACCCAGGCUAAGAGAAGGAAGUCUAAGUGACCACAGUAGUGAAACCCUGUGAACUGUAAAUGUGUUUUUCUGUCAAUCAUUCAAUGACUUUAUUUUCUCCCAGAUUAUGAAUUCACAAUGGAGAAAAUAACCAUGUACAGAUAAUUGUUUUUAAAAUAAUUAUGUUGAUGUUUGUCCCCGCUAUCAUGUGAGGUUGUAGCUAGUGUGUGUUUGUGCGUGAAUGUGUUUUGUUUUUAAACAAUUAUGCUGGAUUAAUCAUGUGAAGACUGAUAACUGAAGGUGUCUCAAUUGUAUAAUUAUGUUGUGAAACUUAAUAAAAUGUUCUGCUACUUAA